GAAAUAUAACAGUUUAACAGGUCCUAAAGAAGAGAUGAAAAAGUCUUAAACAUACAUGUAAGAAAGAGUGCCCCAAUAAAUCCAGAUUUUAGAAAAAUUGUCUGACAAAGAUAAUUGAUAUAUAAUUAUCACCCAUGGAGAAGUAAUUACAGUCAGACUGCCAUGCUGUAAUGUCAACAUAUGAUCAUCUGUAAACAAUGGUCAUUCCUGGUGAAGUACUGACCAGUGUACAUGCAUUAGAGAUAUAAAUACUAUAGGAAAAAGACCAGUUAAAGAUUGAUUAGUACUGAAAGGGAUGAAGAAUUGAUAUUGGAUGGUUUAGUUCAGGAUAUUUUUUUUACCAUACAGUCGAAUAGCGAUGUAGACACGAUUUUGCACAUUUCUUUUGCAUGCAAUGAUAGAAGAUUGAACACAGAACAAUCAAGAAUUUGAUUUGCCAGAAGUCAAAGAAACAGCAGACACAAGCUGGUUAUAGCUGUGUACAAAAGGAACUGUAUUUUAUACCAAUGUUUUCACAACAAUAAAUCAGGUGUAAAUAAUUCACAGAUUAACAAUGCUUCAACCUAUAAUUAUCAGCUGAUAAACAAGAAAUCAUUGCCAUAGCACUGGAUAUUUUUCAUGGAUAAUAUUACUGGAAUUUAUUCAAUGGAAGUAAUAACAUAUUCAUAACAGAUUUUUGAGUGUGGAGUUUAUAAAAGUUUUAACAAGGAGUAUUGUAUUCAAAAGUGACAACCAAAGUUUGAAAACAAAGGAAAGGCUGAAACCCAAACUAGACACAUGAGUUGAAGAAUGAUUAAGAAUUUACCUUUGGUUAUAAUACUGGGAUUCUAUGUUUUAAUAUUCACAGAGGGCUGUGGUAGAACUCCUUCUCAACCAUCACCACCAGUAACUACUCCUGGACCAAGUGAAAAUUCUACAAUACCAGAGAAUCACAGAUUAUCAUGUACAGAGAAUGAAACUUAUCAGACAGCCUGUCUAAACGGUGGAUCAUGCUUUGCCACAUAUGUAGAGUAUAGGACAAUACAGUGUGCGUGUCCAAAGAAAUAUGUGGGUGACCGUUGUCAGAUGAUAGACCCUACCAUUAUAUUUGGUAGAGAAAAUGAAGAGAAGGUGACAAAAGCAGGCUUAGCUGCAGGAUUAACUGCUCUCAUCUUAUUUUUAACAGUAUUAAUAUUUAUACUCAUCUGGCACAGAAGAUACAAAAGAAGAAAAGAUAGAGAAAAACAAAACAAAGAAGAACAAAGGAUACAAUAUAAUAAUGGUGAUCUCAAUAAUGGCAAUUACAAGCCUGCCUUAACUAGCAGAAACAGGGAUAGUUAUGUUGAAUCAAUACCAUUAACGUCCUUACCUUAUAAUCAAACAGAAGUAACAGAAGAAAUCCAUAAAGAAGAAGAAAAACCUUUACAAUUAAGUCAAAACUCUAGUUUUUCAGACAGUGAUAGUAGAAAAUUAUUAGCAUCUAUUAAAUUCAUGGAUGAUGAUGACAGUGGUGCUUCCCCAGAAUUUGUAUAGCAUAACAACACAUAUAACAUUUCAUUGGAUCUGAAGCGUGUCAUGUGAUAUCUGCAUUUAAUUCAUUCUCCGUUUAAUAUCUACAAGUAGGUUUCAUGUGUCAAAAGCAAUAGUAAUGUAUGCAACUUUAUGAUUUCAUAUCAAAGUUAUUUAUCCUUUAUGAGAGGCAAUAUUAACAUCUUAACUAAGCAACAGUAUCAAGGGAGAUAAUUCAUAGAUGUUCAUGCAGGGAGAUAACUGGAUAUUUUACUAACUUAUUAGUAUGGAUUACAGAUAUUCAUUUGGCAGUGAAAGUGAUAUACAGAAAGAAAUUUCAACAGUGAUAGAAUUGUUCCUAUGGUUGAAUUACGUUUUAAUAUUGCACUAGAAAAUGUUAUGUUUCUGAUUUAAAAGUGAACGAAAUCAUAUUUAGAUAUAUUUUUUAUUUGGUGGUUAUCUGUAUUGGCACAUUGUAAACAUUAAUAUUCUGAUGAAUUUCUGAAAUAAUAGAUAAAUAAUGUGAUCUGUGAAUUUUUGAAUGUCUACACUUGUUUAUUUUACUGUGAGUUAUGAAAAAAACACUUAAUAUAGCAGUCAUUUCAUUUUAAUUCAAUUCAUUAUAAUUUAUUUUCAUUAUAUAUUAUCAUUUCAUUUCAUUGUAAAAUAGUCAUGGUUUAUAUUUAACAAAACAUUGUACAAUGAGCAAUUUUAUCAAUAGCAUUUUAAUACAAAGUCACUGCCAUAGAUUCUGAUUAAUAUGUUAAUAUGCAUUUAUUUAUAUCCAUUGUUUUUUUGUACAAUCUAUGUUUGUUUUUAAUAAAAUGUCUUUGUAAAAAUUAUUAUUAAAAUCAUUAGCUCAUCUGUCCUGAAGGACUGUGUGGGAAAUUUCAUCUUCUUCUAAAUUUUAUAUUAAAAUUCACUCAAGACUCUCACGAUCUCACACAACUUGUUUUGGAGGAAGUAUUUUGCAAGGGAUGUAUUUUUGUGUAUUUCCAGAGUAAGCUAAACUCACUUGUUUAGAUCUGAUCUCAAAUGAAUAUUAGUAUCAGGGAUAAGAAGAAAAAAAAUAAGAACCUCUAAACCCAGUGUUUAGCCCAGAAAUCUUGCCUUUCUUGAAUACUUUAAUAAAUAGGGAUAAUCUGAAUUUAACAAACAUCAGUAAGAUUUACAAUCAAGGGGACAUUGGCUGAAAUUAUCAUUUAAAUUAUUUCCUUUAUUGACGAAUUUUUCCAAUUUUGCAUUUUUUCUUACAAUCGUCACAUUUAUAAUAGAUAGUCUGGAAAUUUAAAAAGCAAAAAUAAUCAACAGGAAAAUACUUUUAAUAGGCUUUCAUGGCUGAAAUCUUCAGUUGACUCAGUAUAGGAGAUAUUGCCCUUUAAUGCAGAUUUAUUUUUUGGCAUGUUUUUGUCUAUAUCUUUACAACUAUAGAAGAUACAAAUGUAAAUCAAAACUUAAUAAAACAAAAGUGAUUAGCAUAACAAGAUCUACAAAUAUAUCUACAUGACUGAAAUGGUCAGAGUUACUAGUAAUGGCCUUUCAUGAUGGUUUUUACAAAAACAUGGUUGUUUUGGAAGAUGCAUGUAAGCGACACAGGCUUAUUAGAGCCUCUAGUGUUUUUUUUUUUAUGUCAAUGGACCUAGGACAAAGAAAUUUAUAAAAUAUCAAUGUAUUGUG